AUGUUCACUGAAGGCUUGGAUGACAGCGCUAUCAACUGGAUCAAGCAGAAGUCGGAUCAGGAACAACUCCAAAGUCGAUCACCUUUAUCAGAGAAGUUGGAUUGUGAAUACCUAUUACCCAAAUCUCCUGUUUUGUACAAUUCUAGUACUUCCAUGUCUUCCCAUAUUUUGCCUCCCUUGAAAUUCCAUUCUGGCCUUUUGGGACCUCACAACACAGUCACACUUAGCAUAAACAGCGAUAAAGAUAGCUAUGAUGAUAAUGAGGAGACUGAGAGUGUAGCUUCAGCGCCAGAUGAGGUUGACGGAAACUACUCUGAGGAAGAAGAGUUGGAGAAGCCAGCUAUCAAUUGCUAUGAUGAAGAAAUAUUUGGUAUGAAAUCGAGCAUGAAAUUAAAUGGAAGUAGAGGAGAUGGACCGAAAGGGAGAUAUGGGUCCACUUUGAAUCGAGGGCUGUUGAUGGAAAAUCUUCGAAUAGAUGUGCCUGAAAAUGCCAGGACGUUUACAGACACCCAAUUCAGUUUUGGGGGAAGUACAACUUCAGGUGGCAGUUAUCGGUCGCGUGGAAAGGUUCAGUUUCAUAGUGCAUAUGGUACCCCAAUUGGCAUGUUCAGUGACGCUGCAGAUUUGGGAACUCCUAGUGCCCCUCCCAUAAUGGACAUUGGAAGAGGACAUAUCUCUGAAGCUGACAGUGAAUUCAGUACAGAUAUUGGAGGUUUGACAGGAAUCCAGGAAAAUACCAAUGAAGUAGGCAUAUCAAAGGAAUCAGGAAAGGAUUCUUAUGGUAGUGAGGAAGUCUUUUCUGAUGGGGGAGCACCAUCUCCAAAAGCUGAACUAGGUCAAAGAAAAACAAUUGAGGAUAUGGAAGCACCAGGCCAUCAUGAGCAAACAAGCUCACCGGAUCCAUCACCCUAUUAUGACACCAGUGGUCAAAAUGCGUGGCAAACUCUGGUUUCUUAUGAUGCAUGCAUUCGCCUAUGCCUGAAUGCAUGGGAAAGAAAUUGUACAGAGGCCCCUGAGUUUCUACGUGAUGAAUGCCUGCUUCUCCGAAGUGCUUUUGGACUACACAAAUUUUUGUUGCGACCUCGAGGUAGACAACCAAUGGAAAGUGCUAGUAAGAGUACUGAACAAGCAUGCCCCUUGAAAGUAAAGAAGGUAGUUGGAAAGAUUCGGGUAGAAGUGAGAAAGGUCCGGGUAAUACCAAGGCGGAAACUCAAGAACACAUACUCACUGCGUGGUGCAAUGUAUAUGCAAGUUGGAGCAGACUAUGUCCGACAUGUUCAAUCACUUGUGAAAAGCGGCAUCAAUUCUCUUAGACUUGCUUCAUUUUCGUUGACAUCUGAAGAGCCACUAUCAUGCUUAAUUCACCUGAAAAGUUCUGCAGACGAUGCUCAAGACGAAUCACGUUCCACCAUAUCAUUGCGGCCAGGAUCUGGAGAUUAUCAUGACUUCUUUCCAGAAAACCAAGCAGAUGCUUUUUUAUUUGAAGUUCAAGAUACAAGUAAAAAGGUCCACGGUCGAGCUAUAAUUCCAAUCUCAUCCACUACUGAUAAUCCUAAUGAUAGAAUUCGGUGGUGGCCUAUUUUUCAUGAUGAUCAUGAAUGUGUUGGGAAGGUCCAGCUCUCAAUUGGUUGUACAUUUACAUGUGAUGAGACUACCCAUAUAAAGAGUGGACCCAUUGUGGAGACUCUUGCUUAUGAUUUAUUGCUGGAAGCUGCCAUGCGUUCACAACAUUUUCAUGCACGAAAUUUACGGUUAAAUGGACCUUGGAAGUGGCUCCUGGCUGAAUUUGCUGAUUACUAUGGAGUUUCUGACUCAUAUACUAAGCUGAGAUAUCUUUCAUAUAUAAUGAAUGUUGCUAGUCCUACAAAAGAUUGCUUGGAGCUCGUGUAUGAGUUGCUUGUACCUGUCAUGAAGGCUAGGAGUGAGAAAAGUUUAACAAGACAAGAGGAAGACCAUGUUGGCAGAAGCGAUAUGUCCAAGAUGAGUGCAGUGAAUCCAAAGGAUGUUGCAAAAAGCAUAUUGUUGGAUUGUGAAACACAAAUCGAGAGUCUCUUGGCAUGUGUUUUCGAGAACUAUAAAUCAUUAGACGAGAACUCUCCUACAGGUUUAUUAGACCUAUUGAUUCCAAUAUCGGAUGUUGCAGCACCAGCACUAGCUCCUGCUGUGCAAGUAUACACUCUUCUUCACGAUAUACUUGCUCAAGAUGCACAGACGAUGCUGCGAAACUACUUACAGACAGCAGCAACAAAAAGGUGUCGCAAGCACAUGAUGGAGACUGAUGAAUUUGUAUCAAACAACUCUGAGGGGUUUCUUAUGGAUUCUGUGACAAUUUACACAGCAUAUUUGAAGAUGAAGAACCUCUGCAUAAACAUAAGCAAUGAAAUUCAGGCAGAUAUUAAGAUCCACAAUCAGCAUGUACUCCCAAGUUCAAUUGACCUGUCCAGCAUCACAGCUGCAGUUUAUAGCACUGAGUUUUGUAAGAGGCUUAGAGGUUUUCUUUCUGCAUGGCCUCCUUCUGGCCCCCAACAACAUGUCAAUGAACUUUUGAUAGCAACUGCUGAUUUUGAGAGGCAUCUUGAAUUAUGGAAUAUCAGUCCAUUGCAGGGUGGUGUGGACUCGAGGAUCUUAUACCACAACUAUAUAAUGGUGUGGGUACAGGAUAUGCAACUUAACUUACUUGAUCUUUGCAAAGCAGAAAAGGUCCCAUGGUCCGGAGUAACAACAAAUUAUUCUACCUCACCAUUCGCAGAGGAGAUGUAUGAAAAAAUUAAAGAUAUGUUAGUUGAGUAUGAAGUUGUGAUCAAUCGAUGGCCACAAUACACAUUGAUUUUGGAAAAUGCUGUUGCAAAUGUGGAAAGAGCAAUUGUGAAAGCACUGGAGAAGCAGUACAGUGACACCUUGACUCCUCUGAAAGAUAACAUUCCAAAGAGGUUGGGCAUGCAAGUUCAGAAGUUGGCAAGAAGGCAAUCAACUGCACUUUAUUCUAUUCCUAAUCAAUUGGGGACUUUUCUAAAUACUAUCAAAAGAAUUCUGGAUGUUCUACACUGCAGAGUUGAGGACAAUUUGAAGUCUUGGGCAUCCUAUCUACCAGUUAAUGGAGACAAGAAGUCAACAUUUGGGGAGCACAUGAAUGGAAUCAUUGUCUUACUUAGAACUAAAUACAAGAACUACAUACAAGCAAUAAUAAUUAAGCUUGUUGGCAAUAUGCAAGCUAAUCGGAGCACAAGGUUACAAAAGAUUUUGGAGGUAACGAAGGAAGCAGAUGGAGAGGCUGAAAUUCGUGAAAGAAUGCAAAUGUUGAGUUCACAACUUAUUGAUUCCAUAUCCAACUUGCAUGAAGUCUUCACAAGUCGAAUAUUUGUUGCAAUCUGUCGUGGAUUUUGGGAUAGAAUGGGACAGAUUGUCUUGAAGUUUUUGGAGGGCAGAAAAGAAAACCGAGUCUGGUACAAUGGAUCCUAUUACGCUCUAGGUAUUCUGGAUGACACUUUUGCUUCCCAGAUGCAGAGAUUGCAAGGAAAUGCCUUACAAGAGAAAGAUCUUGAGCCUCCUCGUUCGAUAGCUGAGGGUAGAUCCAUUCUUUGUCGAGACAAUACAAAUGCAGUAGAUACAUCCACCUAUUUGUAUUUCUAGGAUCAUAUUGUUGCCUCUUACAAAUUUUUUAGAACUUCUACAUUAUUAUUAGUUAAGAGUUGCACAUUUAAGCAUCACUGAACUGUGCGAAACGUUGAUGCAAAACUAGAUUGUUCUGUCAGCUGAUUUCUAUUCUUUUGUACGUAAUAUGUCUAUUUUGUUGUAUAAUUUUUUCUCACUGAAUCAAUAAAAAGC